AUGGAACAUCUUCUUCCAAGCGGGAUGCAUGCUAUCCCCAAUGAGCUUCUCGAUCUACGCUCAGAUGACGACAUUGAUGCGGACCUAUUACAUUCCCAUCCGAUAACCGGUGUGAAGAAUAUAUGGUUUUUCUGGCACUCUGGAUAUGCCAACAUGCACCCUUAUACACAGCGCAAUGUACGCGCAUGGCACCGUCGUUUCACGAAGCAAGGAUGGACUGUACGGAUGGUCGACCGACAAUCAGGUUCGAAAAACAACAUUACCGAAAUCCUGGACGUUUCCGACCGAAAGCUUUUCCCACGAGCCUUCGCCGAUGAGUCCCUCACUGGCCCUUAUGCGCGACAACACACGUCAGAUCUUGUCCGCUGGCCUUUACUCCUACGCUAUGGGGGUGUAUACGCGGACGUGGGUAUGAUGCAGAUUGGAGACUUGGAUACGCUAUGGAACGAUACCAUCGCGAACCCCCAGUCCCGAUAUGAAGUCUUAUCAUACAUGCCUAGUGGUCAGGAUCAUUACAGUCUGUGCAACUAUUUCCUUGCGGCACUGCCCAACAACGCGCUGUUUGCCCGCUGCCACGAGCUGCUCCUCGCUCUCUGGACAGCAGAUGGGGGCAAGACCAGCACGGAUGGGAUGCAUGCCAGCCCACUACUUCAGGGAGUUCCUCUCAUGGGCGGCGAAUUUACUAUCAUCGAGGAUGAUGGAACUUUCAUCGGCCCCGACGAAGUCAGCCGCCUCUUGACCGACUAUAUCAUCCAAGGCCAAGUAGCGACCGCAGUAAUGGGGUUGGUUGAUGUUGAGGAAAGCUGGAACGGCCCUGCCUACUGCUUGGAGCAUUUCUAUGCCAUCGAGUUCAUGGAAGGGUCGCAGCUCAUCAACGAUUUAACUGCCUGGGACGGCCAGGAGGCAUUCGAUUUAUUGUCACUUCCCAUGCCAAAGGAAGGCGAUCAAGAGUCCGACAAACAGCAGAAGGCUUGCGAUAUUGUGAAGGCCUGUCUGACCCGCAGUUUCGGAUUCAAACUCGCUCACGGCCUUAUCCUACGCGUCAACAAGGUUACUCUAGGCUCGUUGUGGCGGGACAACCCUGGAUCGGAUGUUGUACCGGGCACAUAUGCCAAUUGGCUUCGCCAUGGAAUUGCCUACUGGAACCAGAAUAAAAUACCGCGCUGCAUCAAGCUCCGGUUACUACCUCCCACCAAGGUUGGAAGGUUGCUUGAGUGA